AUGGCCCCCUCCCGCGCCGCCUCCUCCCGCUCCACCCCCGACGCCGCCAGCUCCGGGUGGUUCUCCUCCUUACGGCCGCCGCUGGACCUCAAGCCCGCGCUCCUGCCCGAGGAUGCCGACGACGACGACGAUCGGGCGGUCGCAGAGCUCCUCGACGCGGCGCUGGAGGGGGAUCUCGCCCGCUCGAAGAAGCUGGCGAAGCAGCUGAUGAGCAAGGCGGGGAUGAGCGUUGACGAGGCGGUGGCGGACGCGGCUGUCGGCGUGACGGGGAUCAAGCGUCGCGGGCCGCUGCACCUGGCCGCGGCGAACGGGAAGGUGGAGGUGUGCAAGUUCCUGAUCAGGUCAUGCGAGGUCGACGUCGACGCCGCGGAUGCUGAUGGUUCCUAUGAAGUAGCAGAGCUGUUAUUGUCCAAGGAAGCUGAGGUUGACCCCAUAUGUGAAAAUGGUGGAGCGCCAAUACAUGUGUCUGCUGAAAAUGGACACGCAAAAGUGUUGAAGUUGUUGUUGCAGCAUAAAGCAGACGCUGGUGCUGAUGUCAAUGCUGGCAGUCCUUUAACUCCUUUAGUGAUAGCUGCUGGGAAAGGCUUAACCAACUGUGUCAAAUGUUUGCUGAAAGCUGGUGCUGAUGCAAAUAUUCCUGAUGAAAAUGGUAAACUACCAGUACAAAUUGCUGCACGCCAAGGUUGGAAGGAAUGUGUUAAGAUUCCAGUCAACCCUGUGGCUCAGUAUGCAGACUGGAGCAUUGAUGGAAUAAUUCAGCAUGAGAAAACUGCACUGGAUUCGGAUGAUAAAGAGAAUGCUAUUUCUGAUAUUAAUAUCACCAAGGUUACACUGCCAGAUUUACCAGAAUCAUUCUCUGAGAAAAGAACAGCUUUGACAAUGGUGGAGGAAAACGGCGGAGGAAUAGAAUCGCUAAUGUCUGAUUUUAACUUGGGUCCUGAAGACCCAACUGACAAAGCAUCGAGUGUCCAAGAGAGGCUACCGCUGCGCAGGUCCACCAGAGCGAGGCAGCCCAACGUGCGCAUCAGCGGACCUGAAUGGGCUCGGUAG